AUGAAAUAUGCUAAAAAACUUGAAAAUAAUCUAGUAUCAGAAUGGAGCGAAAAAUAUCUCAACUAUAAAAAAGCAAAAAAGCUCAUAACAAAAGUUUCCCAAAAGAAAAAUCUAAAAUUAUCAGAUUAUGAAAUCUUAUAUGAAAAACCAUUUAUAGAUAAUUUACUAAAAAAUCAAAAUUUAAAUGAUUUUUCAAAAGAUAAUUUAAAUUAUAACAACACUUUAGAUACUCAUUUCUUUAAGAAAAUAACAGAGCCAACAGAACUCACUUUAAAUACAGAAUUUCAAUCUAAUAUUACAAAACAUAAAAAAUCGUACGAAAAUGACAAGAAUUAUAAUAUAGAUUUAUUUUUCCCAACGAAAUUAACUAAUGAUACAUUUUGUUUAGAAAAUAAUUCAUAUAUUCUAGAUUCAUAUUCUCAAUACAUAGCAGGUCACAGAAAAUACAAUAUCAAUAAUACAAAUUCAGAUCUGUAUUUCAAGUCACUUGAUAAUAACGACGAAAUAUUUCAAUUUUUUAUUUUUUUAAAUAAAGAACUUCAAAAAGUUGAUAAUUUUUAUAAAGAAAAAGAAAAAGAAACAAUAUUGCGUUCUCAACAAAUAAAAAAACAAUUACACGAAAUGAAUAAUAGGCAAAAAAGUAAAGAUAUAAAACUAAAAAAAAACAAAAGACCUUUAAAUUGGAUAGAUAAUUCUAUAACACUAUUACAUCAAAUCUACACACUUUUUAGAUUUGCGAAAAAGAAAAAUAUUAAGCAUGAAAAAAAAAAUCAUAUUUCUGAAAACAUUGCUUGCAAAAUUGCUAAAAAACAGUUAAAGAUAGCUAUUAUUGAUUUUUAUCAUGAAACAGAGCUUUUAAAAAAUUACCGUACAAUGAACAUGGAAGCAUUUAGAAAGGCUUUGAAAAAAAUAACUAAAGUUACAGGCAUCAAUUAUUUAAAAUUUUACAUGCCUAAAAUUACUGAAAGUCAUUUUGGAUCUAGUGAAAUCAGUAAUGAUCUAAUGACAGAAACAGAAAAUAUUUUUGCAUAUUAUUUCGAAAAGAAUAAUAGAAAAAGAGCUAUAGAAAAACUUCGAACUAAACAAAAAACUACAGAUUAUGCUAAUGCUUUAUUUAGAGUUGGUCUAUAUCUUGGAAUUUCACUACCACUUCUUAUAGAAGGAUUAAUUUAUGCAAAUAAAAUAUUAGUCGGUGAAUUAGACUUAGUAAAAAAAUAUCUUCUUCAAAUAUGGGGGGGAUUUUUUAUUAUAUUGUUAUUUUUACUUCUUUUUGGUUUUAAUUGUUAUAUUUGGACAAAAUCAAGAAUAAACUACAUAUUUAUUUUUGAGUUUGAUACAAGGCACAAUUUAGAUUGGAAACAAUAUUUAGAAAUACCAUCUUUUAUUUUUUUAUUAUUUUCACUAUUCUUUUGGCUUAGUUUUAGAAACUUUUCAACAUCAUUGACUAACUAUUAUCCAUUGUUUUUUACUUCAAUAAUUGCUAUAAUAUUAUUAAAUCCAUUACCAUAUUUUCAUAAGAAAUCGCGCAAAUGGUUUAUUAUUUCAAACCUUCGUUUACUUUUUUCAGGAUUAUGUUCUGUUCAAUUUCGAGAUUUUUUUUUAGGAGAUCAAUAUAAUAGUUUACUAUUUUUCUGUUUUUACAAUCACCAUUUUAAAAAUUUAAUUGAAUGCGAUACAUCAUAUUCUAGACUAGCUGGAUUUUUUCAAACAAUUCCAGGAAUCUUUCGUUUUUUACAAUGUUUAAGAAGAUAUUAUGAUUCCAGAAAUAUAUUUCCACAUCUUAUCAAUUCAGGAAAAUAUACCUGCACGAUUUUAACAUAUAUUUUUUUUUCUAUUUGGAAAAUAAGUAAUGAUUCAAAACAUAAAGCCUUAUAUAUUACUUUUGCUUUAAUAAAUUCUCUCUAUAAUAGUUUCUGGGAUCUAUUUAUGGACUUUUCAUUAAUACAGCCAUACGCAGAGCAUCCUUUUUUAAAAAACAAUUUAAUAUUUAAAAAUUAUUGGCUUAUUCUUGAGGUUUAUUACUUAAUAAUAAUAUUUGAUCCGAUAUUAAGAUUUUCAUGGAUAUUAUAUUUCAUUUAUAUUAAAAAUACUAAAUAUUUAUCACUUGUUACAUUUAUUAUUAGUGUAAUCGAAGUUUUUCGAAGAUUUCUAUGGAACAUAUUUAGAGUUGAAAAUGAACAUUCAAUUAAUGUUUUACGUUUAAAAGUUAAUCGUGAUAUACCAUUACCUUAUAAACAUUUUACUUUGGAAAAAAAAGAUGAAGAAACUAUUAUAGAGAACAAUACAACAUUAAAGAAUAAAGAUUCAAGACAUAGAUUUUUCAAUAUUGCAAUUGCGGCAUCAUCAUAUCAACGAAGACACUGUGAAGAUUUUAUACAUAAAAGACAUAACUCGGAUAAUGAAAAAAGUCUUGAAAUUAGUGAUGAGGAUGAAUUUAUAUCACCUGCUUUAUCAAAUUAA